AUGGCAUUUUCACUCAAGAAACGUGUCAAAUCAAAACUAAGUAUCUCGAGCGUGUGUGACGAUGAUGGUAAUACAUUAGGGGAAGUUCUUCAUCGCUCGACGAAAACCAACAAAUCCAAGAAAAAUAAGAGGAAAGAGAAUAAUCUCGUAUCAUCAGAUCACACUACGUCACGUGACAACGAAUAUUUGUCAGGUACACGAUCGUUAUCAGCUGAUCAUCAUGUAAUUUAUCGAAAUCAAUGUCCCUGUGAAACACAUUAUGAUAAACAAUUAAUAGAACAAAAUUAUAGUUUAACUGUGGACAAGUUAUUUGAUUUACUAUUUGGAACGAAUGAAUUCGUUCGAACAUAUCGACAAUCUCAAAACAUAUUUGAUGAUACAGCAACUGAAUGGACUCUCAAUCCAGAAACAAAAUGUCGUGAACGCAUAUUGAACUUCAAAAUACCUUAUGAGUCGACACUAGUAGGAAAAAGCACUAUUACAACACGCGAGAAACAGACGAUAGUUCAGGAAGUUGUUGGUUUUCAUUAUAUAGUUGAAGCAGAAGUGUUCAAUCAAGGUGUAAAAUUCAGUGAUACAUUUUCGCUAGGUAUGCGUUAUUGUCUUGUGCAAACAUCGGCGACAAACACACAUUUGUGUGUCACAGCGCAAGCUCGAUUUUGUAAACCAGUGAACGGCUUCAUAAAACAAUUAAUCGAGAAAAAUACAUAUUCGACAUCAAUAGAAUGUUUCAAAGAUUUAAAUAACCGUUUGAAUCUAAUUACUGAUUUCACGAUGAAAAAACGACGUCUGAGUCGAAGUGAACUUUCACUGAGUAUUCCAAUAACAUCCAAUGAACACAGUCGGCGAAUGAGUCGUCAUGAUGCAUUAUCAUUUGUAUCACUACAACAAACAAUUAGCGAAGACACGAGAAGACUCGAAGUUUCAUCAUUGUCAUCGCCAUCGCCAUCGCAUUAUCCAAAUAUAAUCAUGUAUUUUUUCAUUCUCUUAGCUGGCUGUCUGCUGUUUAUUCAUUUGUUUUUAUAUAGUAAGCUCAAGAAUAUGGAUGUUCUCGUGGAUCAUUUAUCAAAUUUAGUUAAUACAUCAUCUUCAAUAUCAGCAAGAGAACAAUGA